AUGUCAGCAAUCUAUCGCGCCUUGAAACGUGACAAGGAUACGACUAAGCCUGGGAGUGUGUCUAGAAGAUCAAGCGUCAGAAUUAAUCGUCAAAGGUGCUUGCUCAUCUCUUCUCGUGGUGUGAUCCAAAGGCACAGACAUUUCAUCAAUGAUCUGCAAUCAAUGUUGCCUCAGUCAAGGAAGGAGCCAAAACUGGACACCAAAAAAAAUCUCUUCGAACUGAAUGAGCUUGCCGAGCUACACAACUGCAACAAUAUCAUGUACUUUGAAAGUCGUAAACACCAGGAUCUCUAUAUGUGGCUUUCGAAAACCCCUAACGGCCCAAGUAUAAAAUUUCAUAUUCAGAAUUUGCACACAAUGGAUGAGCUCAAUUUUACCGGAAACUGUCUAAAGGGCUCGCGUCCAAUAUUAUCGUUUGAUAAAUCUUUCGAUGGCGAUAUACAUUUGAGAAUUCUUAAAGAAAUGUUUAUUCACCAAUUUGGAGUUCCUCCGGCUGCAAGAAAAUCAAAGCCUUUUAUUGAUCACCUGAUGACUUUUGCUUUCUUGGAUGGGAAAAUAUGGAUUCGCAACUAUCAGAUUAACGAGCCGGUGGAUGCCCAAUCAGGGGAAGCAGAUUUGGAACAAAUGAAGUUGAUCGAAAUUGGUCCGAGAUUUGUUCUCACCUUGAUAACCAUAUUGGAGGGCUCUUUCUGUGGUCCGAAAAUAUAUGAAAAUAAAGAAUACGUUUCACCUAAUGUUGUUAGAUCAACGCUUAAAGUUGAUGCUGCUAGAAAAGCCGUUCUUCGGCAAGAAAAAUCGAGAAUGGCACGGCAUGGAAAAGAAACCGGCUCCAAGAUAGUGGACAGCGACCUUUUUACUUGA